GUUCAGUUGGGACUUUCAACGGUUUCGUACGUUUGCACUGUGCCACACGUCAGAGCAUUGGAAAGCUGAGAGAAAAAUAAGCAAUGAGCUAAUCGGGGUUUGACAGAUGUAACGAUGACCCCCCUGCUUCUGCUGUGCGUGUCCUUGCCCCUCAUCUCCGCAACCGUAUUGUUUGAGCUUGAAAACCAUGACGAAUUGGAUGGCACAUUGCGUGUCAGCAUCCCUAUGGCGAUGCCUCUCCGUCCUCUGCUGGGCAGCAAAGUAGUGGUGCCGUGUUACUUCCAGGACAACACAGUCAAUGACCCCGGAGCCCCGACCGGCGCCCCAUUCUCCCACCGAAUCAAAUGGAGCUACGUCUCCAAGGAGAAGGUCACCACGAUCCUGGUGGCAGCUGAGGGAAAAAUUCAAGUGGAGACAGAGUAUUUGGACCGAGUGACGAUGAUCAACUACCCGCUGGUGCCCACUGAUGCCACCUUAGAGAUAACAGAGCUGAGGUCAAAAGAUUCUGGCACCUACCGCUGCGAGGUGAUGCACGGCAUCGAGGACAACUAUGACUCUGUGGACGUUCAGGUUCAGGGUAUUGUGUUCCACUACCGAGCCAUCACCACCCGCUACACCCUGACGUUUGAGAAGGCGAAGGCCGCCUGUACCCAGAACAGCGCCACCAUCGCCACUCCUGCCCAGCUGCAGGCUGCUUACGAUGACGGAUACCACCAGUGUGAUGCUGGCUGGCUCUCUGAUCAGACUGUCAGGUACCCCAUCCGUGAGCCGCGGGAGCAUUGCUUUGGAGACAAGGAGGACUUCCCCGGCGUGAGAACCUACGGCGUGAGAGAUGCCAACGAAACCUACGACGUGUAUUGUUUUGCCGAGAAGCUUUCAGGCAGGGUCUUCUACUCCAUGUCUGUAGAGAAGUUUAGCUUCUAUGAAGCAGGAGAUCAGUGUGCCAAACUCGGCUCCCGGCUCGCCACCACCGGAGAGCUUUACCUGGCCUGGAAGGAUGGCAUGGAUGUGUGUAACGCUGGCUGGCUGGCGGACAGAAGUGUACGCUACCCGAUCAACAUCGCCAGGCCUCAGUGCGGAGGGGGGCUCCUGGGAGUGAGAACCGUCUACCUGUUCCCCAACCAGACAGGAUACCCCUACCCAGACACUCGCUACGAUGCUGUCUGCUUCCAAGCUGGCGAGGAUGCCAGCGCUGUGCCCAUGAGAACCACCCCUUUCCCAGACAUCAUCCGCAUGACGCCCCGCCCCUGGGAUGCACCCAAGCUUCACCCUCUCACCUGGGGGAGAGGAGAUCAAGGGUGGAGAUGUCGACAUCUUCUCCCCACUGCCCGUCCCGCCCAGUGUGACAGACAUAGAUGAGCCAUGGCUCCCACAGGUGUGGUGUUCCACUACCGAUCCAUCACCGGUCGGUACACUCUGACCUUCGUGGAGGCUCAGCAGGCCUGCCAGAGUGUUGGGGCCGUCAUCGCCAGCGUCCAGCAGCUGCAGGCAGCCUUCGAGAAAGGCCUGCACCAAUGUGACGCUGGCUGGCUCCGCGACCAGACUGUCAGGUAUCCCAUCGUGUCACCCAGAGAUAACUGUGCUGGUAAUCUGCCACACCUCCCAGGAGUCCGAUCUUACGGCCUGAGACCAGCGAGCGAACACUACGAUGUAUUUUGUUACGUGGAACGUCUGCGAGGCGAGGUCUUCUUCACCAGUGAUUAUGACAGCUUCUCUUAUGAGGAGGCGGUGCAGCACUGUCAGAAACUCAACACCACGUUGGCCACCACCGGGCAGCUCUUUGCCGCCUGGAACCAAGGGCUCGACAAGUGCCGUCCAGGCUGGUUGAUGGACCGCAGCGUCCGCUUCCCCAUCACGACCCCCAGGUCCCACUGCGGAGGCGGUCAGGUUGGGGUCCACAUGAUCUACGCCUACCCCAACCAGACAGGAUUUCCUGAUGAGCACUCACGCUACGACGCUUAUUGUUUUAAAGCUGAAAUUCCUGUCGUUCACGUGGAAAAUGAAACCAGUUUGAUUCUGACGAUCGUGACGGUGGAUGUGAUCAACAAGACAACAGUCACAGUUGAUCACUUUGCUCCCACAGUUGAAACUACUGUUCAGUACAAUGAAACUGAAGCCAGUGUAAAUAUUACCGAAAUAGAAGAGUUUAUCAACAAGACAACCGUCACAACGCAUCAUGUUGCUCCCACUGUGAGUCCCAUUUUACCUCAAGUCUCCUAUGUUGAUGAGUCCGGCUCUGGUUCAGCUGAUCAUUCAGCCAGCGGGGAGAUGUCAGGGGAGAUGUCAGGGGAGUCAGGCGCCUCCGGCACCAGUGGUGACGCCUCCGGUUCAGGACAGAACGUCAUCUUCAGUGGUCGCACUGACGUCUUCUCCGGGGAUCAGUCCGCCUCUGGAGGUCCGCAGGAGGCAGAAGGGGGAAGUGCUGUCAUCGUCACGUCUGGAGAACUGGGUAGUGCAUCUGGAUCUGGGGAGGGAUUAGACAGACAACACUCUGGCUUUAGUGUAUCUGGAUCAGGUUUCACAAGCGGAAGUGGGGACAUUAGUGGUAGUGGUGGAGACUCUGUGAUCAUCAUGGUGGAUGGGAAGAUGGAGGAGGUGUCAAAAACUCACCAAAAACCCAUUGCGCAGGAGUUAGGCCAGGGAGGCAUUGAUACCAGUGGGGCUUUCUUGGAGUCAAGUACUUCUGGAUCUGGAAGUAUGUCCGGGUCAGGCUCCGGGGGAUUUUCUGGCAUCUCAUUUGUCGACCAAAGUGGCGUUGACCUGACAGUCCAGACGUCCGGUGAGCAGGAAGUGUCUGGAUAUCGCCCCUUUGGAUCCGGGUUCCACAGCGGCUUUCCAUCUGGUGUCUCAGGCAGCGGUUCUGCCUCUGGGGACUAUAUUCUGCGUCGUGGUGACGUCAUCUACCUAACAGACAAUGACAUGAUGGAAGUGACCGUAGCGCCACAGGUACGCCAUCCUGAGCAGGGCCGUGGGGUGGUGGAGAUCAGCGGGGAGGGGAGUGGGUCAGGGAUCCAUCAUGAGUUCAGUGGCACUUUCCACCAAAGCUUGCAUCUCUCAGGAAGUGGAGCCCAACCGAUCGCUGAGGAGCUUAGCAUCACCUUACCGCCUGGAUCUCAGAUUUCUCACCCUGAGUACAUUGCCAGUCUCGACCAAUCAGGACUUGGGGAGGAGUAUCAGGAAAGCCGUGCAGGACCUACAGUUUAUGAAGUGACUCCAGACGCAGCCUACACCAGCCCAACCACAGCACCGUCAGUGUCAUUUGUAACCCCUGGUGUAGUGGAGCAGCCUGAAGUAGUGGAAGCCUCUGCAGACCCCUGUGAUCCAAACCCCUGCGGUUCAGGAUCCUGCUCUGUGCAGGGAGAGCUCGCUGUGUGUCAGUGUCCUUCUGGUUUCAGUGGUGAAGACUGCUCAACGCCUGUGCAGGGCUGUGCAGAGGGCUGGCUGGAGUUCAUGGGAAGCUGUUACCUCCACUUUGCGGAGAGAGACACCUGGUCUGAGGCUGAGCAGCGCUGUCUGGAGGUCAACGCCCACCUGGUCAGCAUCGGCUCCCAGGAGGAGCAGCAGUUUGUCAACUCGAAUGGCCAGGACUACCAGUGGAUUGGACUUAAUGACAGAGAUGUGCAGAAUGAGUUCCGCUGGACAGACGGCAGUCCUCUGACCUUUGAGAACUGGAGGCCCAACCAGCCUGACAACUACUUCAACUCUGAGGAGGAUUGUGUGGUGAUGAUCUGGCACGAGGGUGGACAGUGGAACGACGUGCCCUGCAACUACCACCUUCCCUUCACCUGCAAGACUGGACCUGCCACGUGCGGCGCUCCCCCUGAGGUGGAGCACGGCCGGCAGAUGGGCAGCGGCAGAGAGCGUUAUCCCGUCGACUCUAUAGUCCGCUACCAGUGCGAUGCAGGCUACACACAGCGCCACCUGCCCGUCAUACGGUGCAUGCCAGACGGACAGUGGGAGCAGCCACAAGUGGAAUGUACAGAAGCCGGCGCCAACAGUAACAGGCUACACAAAAGAUCCCUCAGGAGAAGAAGUAAAGGGGUCAGGAGCCAACAGGAACAGAGGAAGCUGCUCUGAGCAGGAAUGAAAAGGACAUACAACAGAGAGCCACAAAGGACCCCCCUCUUGUAAAGAAGCAUGAACACCAAUGCAAAUGCCCGACCAAAAAGAUAACAUUCCCCACCAUGUACAUACACACACACUAAAGCACAUUUAGACAGUGAUGGUGUAAUUGACUGAUGUUUUGGAUCUUUGGAGUGUCACCCUGCACCUUCUGAAGGCAGUUUCUUCCAUGUAUUUAUACUGUCUAAUUUAUAGCUGUGAUCUAGUAUUCGGAAGCAUUAUCUCAAUGCACAUUAUGAAAGUUUCUGCAUCCAGUUGCCAGCACUGCACACAAAAUAAGGAGGAUAAAAUGGUGAUUUAAGAGGCUUUAGAGUGACACACAAAGACAAAACAGCCCAAUAAAAGGAGUGUUUUCGAUUGCAGCUGGAUUCUCUGAAGUCAAACACAUUGUUUCAUAGACCUUUGCUAUAUUUUUAGGGUAUUUCUCUAGAUCUGUGUUUCUAAGUAGUUUUUAUUUGGUCUCUAAGGAUUACAAGUGUGUCCUUCAGACGGAUGAAAUAAGACAUUAUAGGCAAAGACAGUGAAUCUCAAACUUUUUGUUUGUCACCCCUUAAAAUACAGCAAUGAGCACGUUGCCCCUCUUAACCUACACUGUGGAGAAAGGUGUUAGAUCUUAUUUGUAUUUGAAGUAUCGAGCCUUGAGGCUUACAGUAUUGCAUAAAAUCCCAAAUAUGAGUAAAAGCAGGCUGAAAAGAUGAUACAUCGGUGCAAUAUAUCUCCAUCUUUCAAAGACCUCGAAUGAUCUCGUCACAAACCUAAAGUUUGAGAGCCUCUGAGCAACACCACAGUAUCAGAUAUACUGAAAUGAUUGAGCUGUUCCAACUGAUGAUGAAUAUAGAAAUCCAAGUUCAAGACGUGAAUAAAGUCACUGCAACAGACCUGGAUUGAAAUGAUCAGCACUCAUGCACUUUUGGGAGUCUUCAGUCACUUCUGUGCUAAUCAUUCAAAUCCAGUGCACCUUAAACAUAAGAAAAACAAUCCUCAUCUGUAGCUGCGGAAGGAAACUAUACUUUAUAACAAGUGAGAUCUAGUGUGACGCGGAAUUGGACCAGGUUGCAAAAAAGAUCCACACCCAGUUUUUUGCAGGUUGGGGUUUAUAUUUGUGACUUCGCAAAAGCAAUCAAUGAUUUGUUUCUGCACCAUCUGAUGGAAGAAUCACGCUUUUAUGAGAUUCAGUGUUUGCUGAGUGAAUGACGUUUCUCACUGUAAAUAUUCUCUGAACAGCAGGAUCUGUCAAUAACUUACACAGAGCAGACACGCUCAUUGUUUGAUUCAUUCAUCAUCAAUCUGUCAGUUUAAUUAGCUGUUGAGUUUUAGUUUUGAAAUACUAAACAAGUGGGCGUGACUUUGGAUUUGGACAGCCGGCAUAAGAAGACACAAACGUUCUCAGACAUCUUUGUGGAGGUUCCUGGGUGUGUUUCAUGCAAAAUUUAUCUACAAAAAUGACACAAUUUUAGGGAAAAGAAGCUGUGAAAGCAGCAGAAAUUAUUUCAAAUAUUAUGAGAAAGAAGGAAGAGAAGGUGGAGGUUAUAAAACGUUGACCAUGACCUUUAAAAGGUCAAGAUUAGUUCUUCAACUCAGAGCAGAUACUUCUAACUUACGUGUCCGUAUCUGACUUCUAACAUAUCAAUUACAACUCUGAAACAGCAACCACACACACACACACACACACACACACACACACACACACACACACACACACACACACACACACACACUC